GGGAUGAGAGUGAGGCGGCGUGACGUCAGUUGUUGUGACGGAGAGUGACGCUCUACCUCGCUCUCCCUCCUGUGUUACUCUCCCCUCCUCUCCCAGCCUCUCCCUUUCCCAUGAGCUCUCCCUGACCACCAUGUCCGCCCUAUUCGCCUGUUCGCGCUGCUUCAGUCGCCACCCCUUCGAGGAACUCUCCCAAGGGCAGCAGCUGUGCAAGGAGUGUAGAGGUUCAUUUCCAAUUGUCAAGUGCACAUACUGUCGAAGUGAAUUCCAGCAAGAAAGCAAGAGCAGCACAGUCACCAUCUGCAAGAAAUGUGAGUCAAUGGUGAAGCAGCACGGCAAGCCUUCAGCCUGCGAGUACUGCAAUGUGAUAGCGGCGUUCAUUGGCAACAAGUGUCAACGGUGCACCAACUCAGAGCGCAAGUAUGGGCCCCCUCUCUCGUGUGACCAGUGUAAGCAAAAAUGUGCAUUCGACAGAAAGGAUAUUGAUAAGAAAAAGGUGGAUGGAAAGCUGCUGUGCUGGCUGUGUACACUAUCCUACAAGAGGGCACUGGCCAAAACCAAAGUCACAGAUCCUGCAAGACACUCUCACAUCAAGUUGGGGUCCCGGUCUGGCCACCACAAGGACAAGGAAAGACACAAGCUGAGUGGACACAACAAGCGCCCUAACCGUCCUGAUGUGACCAAGAUGCCUCAGGAGGAGCCCCCAGCAAAGCUGGGGUUAUAUGAUACAGGCAAAGACACUCAGAAUAUGGAAAUACAUGACAAUUUUAAGGCUUUGGUCUCUAGGAACUCUGGACCAAUGAGGGACGACCCAGGGACAGCCGAUCAGCUGGUCCUGAUCACACAGCUGCGUGAGCAGAUAGCACACCUGGAGAAGCAGCUCUCAGGGAAGGAUGCACAACUCCUGGCUAAAGAGAAGCAGAUGACUGAGUUGAAGGCUUCACAGUUCACAAUUGAACAAGAGCUGCGUCAGAAGAUGAAGAAUGUGUCGCGUGAGUUUGACAAUAAGAUUGAGCUGUUACAGAAGAAGAUUCGUGAGCAGAGCAGAGAAAUCGCUUUGUUAAACCGAGGAAAGAAGAAAGGAGACAAGAACGCCGUGCUCUCAGCCACGGAUGGAGGCUCCUCGGGGACAGACAGCCCCUCCGUGGGCUAGUGAAGUGGUGGUGGCGUGUCCCUGAUUUAUGUUCCUCAGGUGUACUCUUUCAGUUUAAAAGUAUUUGUAAUCAAGGUAAUUAUUACUCUUAAUCAGUUGUUAUGUCAUUAACUUUAGUUCUUCCUGCUUUCAUAAAGAAAAUUUCCUUAAUUGAGUUUGGUUUUGAACAAAAAGUACCCAGAGUAAAAUAGGAAGAUUUACAAGUUAUUUCAGGAAUAUAUAUAUUUUGGAAUAAAUAUUUUAAUUAAUUCUUGAUAUAUUUAUGAUUAAUGGUGUGAUACACUUGAGAACUUUUUUGUGUCAAAUAUAUUAAUGGGCUAACUAAAAAAUAGUUAAAUGUAUAAACCUUUUUAGUGAAGAUACUUCCAUCUGGUGUUGUAAGUUUUCAGCAAUAUGAGGUUUUUGCUUGAUGAUAUAUCCUCAUAUGGAAUGGUCACAGGAAGUUGUGUUUAGUGCUUCAGAAGAGUGGUUCACCUCUCAUGAUGCUCCAUGUAUAACUCAGUGUCAUUGUAUAGAUGAUGUACUUUAUUGUCCAAAAUAUUUCACAGUUGUAAGAUACACACUGUAUAUUAUUUCACCAAAUAAGAUGAACAUGUAUAUAUUCCAUUGAUUUCUAUUAGGUUUUAUUAUUCAAAGGACAUAUGUUAAAUAGGUUAUAUUUGUAAAUUUUGAAGAAAAAAACUGGGUAAGAAAUAAGAAGUAAGUUUACUAUUGUAAACCAUGAAAGAUUUCUGAGGCUAUGAUAUUUUUGUAGAAAACUGUACAUAGACAUUUUAGAACUGUGAUGAAUGAGGCAGAGUGAAGGCGUGGGAGGCUGAGACAAGGCAGAAUAUGGGUAUUAAUUUUUGAGAGCUGCUGGACUUCCACCCUGGCAGUUUCAAGCUUGCAGUUUUAGGAUCCACCACUACCUCCUAGACACAACAUUUUCAGGACUUUCCGUAAUAUCUUUUUUGCUUAUGAUCAUUAAGAUGUGAAAGAUCUGUGACAGACAAGUCACAGCUGUUAAUUCUGCAGCAGCAAAGUUUUCAAAACAGUAUUUUCACAUAUUGUAAGGGUUUUCUGUACAUAAGGUGGUAUUCAGCAGUCUGCUCUCUUAAACUCAUUAUUGCUGAGCUGCUUUAUAAUUUUUCUGUGCACCUUUCAUUUUCUGAAUCCCUCUGUCAUAGGGAUGCAUCAGUUUCUCUUGCUUCAAGUAAGUGCCGAGUGGCAUCGUGAAUACAACAAAACAUCAGUGCAUUGGAUUGUGAGUUUGUGGUGCAUCAACAAAGAUUAAAUAAUGAUUAUCAACAGUAAUUUUCCAAACUUUUCUUGUUUGCUUGGUCAGCCUUUUUAAAAGGGGGAGAAAGGCAGUGGCUGUUUGUCAUGAUAGAAGCAAUAUCCUGUAAGAAGUGGCUUUGUACGGGAAAACCCCAGUUUAUGCCACCAAUUUCCAACAGUAGUUUAAGGAUUAUUUGACAGUAUUACGGCAGUUCCAUAAUGAUGGAGAAACAGCUGUUGCCAAAUAUGCAAGGACUUGCAUAAAAAUUUCAAAUGAAUUAAUCUAUCUUAACUGUAAUGAUAUCCUAAGGGUGGGUGGUUGUUUUGCUGAGCUUCCAUUGGUAAGGUGAAAGGUGGUGCAGUGGCUUGUUACUGCCCUGCAUUACCUGGUGAAUGUUGUGUCAUUGCUGGAAUUGGGCUAACUCAUCUUUAAGAGGUCAUUUUGCUACAAAAUCAGGCAGACAUGGAUUGGUCUGUUAGAAAAUUCAAUUAACAGCUUGAAACUCAACAAACUGCUUUCUGUGUUCUGUUUACAUCAUAAUUAUUCUAUUGGCUUAACUGAGUACAUGAUUAGACUUGAAAUGCAAAAAUCACCUUGGAAAUAGAUCACAUUGCUAUUGCAAAUCCAUUACAGUUGGUCAGAAGGCAGUUAGAGCCACUCAACAAAUCACAUUCUAUAAGAAGACAAAAGCUCUUCCUGACUUCUGCCUUCACCCUUUGCCUCCUCCCUGAGUACCUGCCCUAAUGUAAUGAAUGCAUAAGCCUCUAGUAGUAUUAGUUCAGUGCCCAAAUGCAAGCCAAUCAAUAGCUGUUAGUCUUUCAGUAAAGCUCAUUUGACAGACUGUGGCAGGAAGAAAUGCGUCUUGUUUGUGAUGGGAUGUCUGAGUGCUCAGUAGAAAUUUGUAUUUGUCCUGCAUUAUGUUGCAGAUGGUCAGAGAAAGGAAAAGGUAAAUUCAUGGUAGACAACAAACUCUUAACCAAUGGAGCUUUUUUUUGUUGUUGUUGCAAUGCUGUCUUGUGCUUGGCAGGAAUUAUGUGAAUGAUCUGAGGAAGACUUGUAACAUCCCUAGCUAGGUGUAUUCUGCCCACUGCUGCCUGUCCUUCAGGUUACAGUCUUGCAUUGGCCCAAAAACAGUGAUCAGUGAAAGUUUGAUCAGCUUUGAGAUUUUCUGCUUCAUUAUUGCAUUACUUCAAGUUGUUUGCUGAAUAUAUACUGGCAACCUGACACAUUAGCAUAGAACAGUAACACCACUGGCGCUGUAUCAUGUCUUGAAGGCCUGUGUAUUGAGUACAUACCUCUGCUGCUUUUUUCAAUCAAUAUUAACCAUAAAACUUGCUUUAAAGUGUGCAUACAAAUAUUAAUGUAUAGUGGGUUGUGUUAAUGCAAUGCAUGAUAGAUGAGGGCAUUGCUAGAGAGUGUUUGCCAAUGGAAAGCUACAAGGAAGUGAUGCAGUGAGUUACCUCCAUAAGAAAUAGUUUUAUGCACUUUUGAUGACUGAUAGAAUGGAAUGUGGUGUAAAUGUUUGACUGGAAAAGAUAUAUAAUAGGAAUAUUUUCUUGAAUCAGAUGAAUAGACAGUAUAAGAUGUUAUACCCAAGAUCUCUGAAGUAAGGAGAACAGUUGUGCGUGCCAGAAAUAUAGAGCAGUUGUGAAUGCAUGAAUUGUGACUGUCUCAAGAGCCUCAGAGGAAAGUUUCCCACGUCUUGUCCUGGCAGCUCUGCAGGUCAGGUGUGGACAAGUGGAAGGGGCUGUUAUGUUAGAGCAAGGGUUAAGUCAGCUGCACUGUCAGGCCUCGGUAUGGAGAGACCUGUGUGUGCUGAGUAACUAACCUUUGUGUGUGAAAAUCAGUCCUCCUGGGAAUUAAGAGGCUAAACUUGAGGGAAUGUCAGUGGUGUGAGUGUGUGUGCGUGUGAGUACCUUGUCUCUGCUUCCCUCCCUUGAUGGACACAUCAAAGCUAGUGAGUGAGUCUGAGGUAUUAGUGUUAUUCUUUACAAAGUGGAUAUGCAUAACUUUUGUGUACCUGCUGUAUAACCUGAACUAAAGAUAGGCUGCUGGACACGUAUAUUGUCCAUGUUGUUUACUGUGUUUCUUCAGUGUAUGAUAACAUCAAUUUACUGACAGUUGCUUUUCUUUGAUGUUGAACUUGCCAGUACUCUCAAUGCUAUUCCAUGUACUGAUCAGCAGGAGCAGAAAUGUACAGCACUAUAUUUCCAUUAAAGGGAACGUUUUGUGGAUUAUGCUCAGGUUGUAAAAUUUAGUGUUUUUUUUUAUUUAUUUUUUUUUAUGCACAAUAUAUUAGUGAUUUUCAUUAAGGAUAAACUUUUAUAGGCAAAGAUAAAUUGCAAAAUAAGCUUGAUAGUGGUGACAGCUCUCUGGGUUCUUUGUGGGUAAGAGCUGGCAGAAUAAAUGUUAAGGUUGAUUGGAGUUGUGUUGCAUUAGGUACCUUAACACAGUCUGUGACUGUGUUUUCAUAUCUGCAUAAUUUAUACGCAUUGUCAGUCGGUUAUCAUUGAACCUGCACUCAACAAUGAUUUCUUUUCCCCACCUUACCAUGAAAGCAAAUUGCAUAAAUUGAGGCCUUACUGUUGUAAAUUACAGUGUUUAAGGACUGGCAUUUGGCAGCUGACAUGACGCAAGUUUAGUCAGCAAUUGUAUAUUUGAUCAAAGAGAAGACGUGUUCUGUUGUUGCCUGUACUACUUAUUCCAUUCUUUUCUGUGUGAUUAAAUAUUCUACAGCAGUGAGAUGUGUGCUAUGUGACACAGAGACUUCAUUGUAAUCAGUUAUUUUGUGAAGGUAAAAUUGAGAGCAAAAGAGAGAGAGAGAGAGUGUGUUGGUGGUGUUUGCAGGGGGAUGAAUAAGCUGGCUCAAGUAAGGAUGCCAAGAAUUUGAAAACCUGGAAAGUAUUUAAUUUUUCUGCAUUUGUGUUCAUGAAGGCAAACAUUAACCAUUUUGCUGCUGUAGUCUCUCUCUCUGUGUGUGUGUGUGUGUGUGUGUGUGUGUGUGUGUGUGUGUGUGUGUGUGUGUGUGUGUGUGUGUGUGUACUAUAGGGUGUGUUGCCUGAGGUGGCGAGUGUGGGCAUGGUGAGGCGUACCAUCCCCUGAAGGUUUAGUAGUGUAUAUUGUGAGUCAUCCAUCAUUAUCCUGUUUCUCAUUAUUUUUGCAAUACUUACCCACUGUACAGGUGAUGUAUACACUUUAUUUAUGUAUGUAGUGAGGUGCUUCGUGGAACUAGCUGCAUAAGAUAGUGGCAUUCAUUCAUUCAUUCACUCAUUCAUUGUACAACUCAAAAGACAGGUGAGGUCUUGGCAAGGAGGAACAAGAGGCCGUACUGGUUUGUCGUCCUCCGUGUGGCGAACAUGUGUUUUCUCGAACAAUCUGUCCAUAAUACGUAUCAUGAUUGAAGUUGCAUGUAAUUUGUAACAAAGUAGUUACUUAAUAAAAAGAGUCUGCAAACA